AUCAGACCAAGGCCAGUGUUUCUGUUAGCGGUUGCUUUAAAUCAUCCAAACAUUUUAUCAAAGAAAAGCUUCCAAGUGCUAAUUAAAUAAUUAUUAUAGCUAUUCUUCAUAUCUCUAUCACCCACAGUUUUUAAAGUUGAACCUCCCUCGAAAAUACCCACAGUUUAUUAUUGUUAUUCUUCAAAUCACCCAGAUUUGUAGUGGGUUGCUCUUAAUUAUCGCCUUGAAAAUCCAACCCUCAAGCAACAGGAAGUUGGCUUUUCUGGGCUGAGAAGAGCCCAAAGAUCCCAUUUUUUUGUUUCUUUUAUUUUCUCUUGCAUGCGAUAAAGCUUUGAUCUUUACAACAAUGAAGAAGCAGAAGUUCUCGAUUUCGGAGUCAAACUUCAACCACUUUGAUCUGCUGUCGGAAGAGAUGUUAUUUUCGAUUCUUGAUUGUCUUGACGAAAACCCAGCUGAUAGGAAAUCAUUCUCUCUCGUUUGCAAGGCAUUCUACCACGUUGAGUCCCACCACAGAAAAACCCUGAAGCCCAAACGUUCAUUGCACUUGACGAGAACCCUCAAAAGAUACCGUCAUGUUUCUGAUCUUGAUCUCUCUCUGUGUCUCAGAAUCACCGACUGUUCACUCACUGUGGUUUCCGGUUCCUGCAGGGAGACCUUGAGAUCAAUCAAUCUUUCUAGGUCUAAGUUUUUUACCCACGUCGGAUUGUCAAAUCUGGUGAUGGGUUGUCGGAAUCUGGUGGAAAUUGAUUUGUCAAACGCGAUUGAGUUGACGGACAUGGCUGCAGCCGUGAUAGCAGAAGCUAAGAACCUGGAGAAGCUGUUGUUGGUGAGGUGCAAGGGUAUUACUGAUAUUGGGAUUGGUUGUAUUGCUGUUGGAUGUAAAAAGCUGAGGCUUCUUAACUUAAGGUGGUGUUUGGGUGUUGGAGACUUAGGGGUCUGUCUGAUUGCUGUCAAGUGCAAGGAUAUUCGCAGCUUGGAUCUCUCAUAUUUGCCGAUCUCAAACAAUUGCCUAUCAUCAAUCCUAAAGUUGCCAAAUCUUGAAGAUUUGAGUCUGGAAGGAUGUUAUGGUAUUGAUGAUGACAGUCUCAUAGCUCUCAAACAAGGGUGCAAAUCACUGGAGAAACUCAAUAUGUCAAGCUGUCAGAAUGUUAGCCCUGUGGGUUUAUCAUCAUUGACAAGCAGUGCAGGAUGUAUUCGACAACUUACCUUGUCAUAUGGAUCUCCUGUAACACUUGCUCUUAGUGAGAGCUUGCAGAAGCUUUCCAUGUUGCAGUCCGUUAAACUAGAUGGUUGUCAGGUGAAAUGCUGUGGGCUAAAGGCCAUUGGGAACUGGAGUGUGUCACUAAGGGAGCUGAGUUUGAGUAAAUGCCCAGGAGUUACAGAUGAGGGUCUUUGCUCUAUUGUUACAAAGCACAGAGAAUUGCUGAAGUUGGACAUCACUUGUUGCCGCAAGAUCACUCACAAAUCGAUUUCCAACAUUACAAAUUUUUGCUCCUCAUUGACUUCACUCAGGAUGGAGUCUUGCGCACUAGUGCCGCGAGAAGCUUUUGUUUUGAUUGGCCAACGCUGCAAGUUCCUUGAAGAGCUUGACCUUACGGAUAAUGAAAUUGACGAUGAAGGCCUUGAGUCCAUUUCGAAGUGUUCGGGACUGUUGUCUUUAAAAUUGGGCAUUUGUCUGAACAUAAGUGACAAGGGGCUUGUGCCCAUUGGCGAGUGUUGUCCGAAACUCAAGGAGCUUGAUUUAUACAGGUCAUUUGGAGUGACAGAUUCGGGCAUUGAUGCCAUUGCCCAUGGUUGCCUCAGCCUGGAAAUGAUUAACAUCGCCUAUUGCAAUCAGAUUACCGAUCACUCGUUUGUAUCGUUGUCCAAGUGUUUGAAUUUAAGCACACUUGAAAGCAGAGGAUGUCCUCUUCUGACAUCUUCAGGUCUAGCUGCACUUGCUGUUGGUUGCAGGCUACUUACGAAGCUAGACAUAAAGAAGUGCCACAACAUUGAUGAUGCGGGGAUGAUUUCCCUCGCUCAUUUCUCCCAAAAUCUCAGAGAGAUAAAUUUGUCAUACACAUCGGUCACGGAUUUGGGUUUAUUAUCUCUGGCCAGCAUCAGCUCUCUCCAGAGCAUGACAGCAGUUCAGCUUAAGGGGUUGAGUCUCAGUGCUCUAGCGGCUUCUCUUUUUGCAUGUGGUGGAUUGACGAAUGUGAAGCUUUCAUCAUCUUUUAAAUCUGUUUUUCCACAACCCCUUCUUGAUCAUUUACAAGUCCGUGGCUGUGCUGUCCAGUGGAGCGACAAAGUGUGUCGGGCAGAGUUAGACCCGAAAUGUUGGAAGCUUCAGAUGGACGACAUGGAGUGAAGACGGGGACGGUUUGCAAGAAAACGCCUUGAACCGAAGUCUUAAACUUGAAAUGUUCACGCACUAGACUUGAGUAACGUGCGUAGUUAUUCAUAUGUAUGUUUUUCGAGUUAGUGAUUCUUAGGCGGCGUACAUAGUAAAAUUUUCUGGACUGGAGGAUUAAUGUAUGUAUAACUCUAUUAAUCUCUUAAUUAAAGUAUAGAUGCCAUUGGGAAACUCUUGUAACACUUGAUUAUAUCUUGCACGUACGUUAGGCCUUGUAACACUUGAUUUUGUCUGCCUACAUUUGAAG